AUGAAAAGAAGGCUAAAGCGCGCGUUAGACAACGGGGCUCCGGAGACGCCAUGGAUGCGACAGCCGAUUUGGCCACGGCUGUCGGACUUCCUCGCUAUGAUAAACUCGGUCCUGAUUCUUCUGCAGGAUGCAGACGGCAUCUGGUGCCCAGGGGGUUCCUGGGUACAGACAAUGAUGGAGCCCCAAAGGCCUGGUCGUGUCAGACGUCCGACCGUCACUGACUGA